AGAAAAACAGGCGGGAGGGAUCUAGAAGCAUUUCAAUCAAGUAGCUGAGAAGGUAACAAACUGACAAACUAUCGAUAGGAGCUGCGUGAGGCAGUUUGUUACAAACGAAUUGCAAAGCAAAUAUGUAUCUAUUGCCAUAGCUCGACAGAAACAACUGUUUUUCUUAGAUUACUUUGAAUUUUAGACAAAAAAUAAGCAGUAAAGAAUGAAAUACAAACGCACACCUUGCAGAGUCUAGUAUACAAAACACUAACUUGUAUAUAGUCAAUUUGGAAUGCAAUUACUUCCGAAGUGAAGGACAGCAACAUUUAAGCAUCCAAUUCAGCACUAGGGAUAUCCAAAGGGAAAGAAUCGACCAGGCUUGGCUUUACACAUUAUAAAGACAACAAUAGGGUUUGUUCAUAAGCCUACGGUUCUCCAUCGCAUACCAGAAAAGGUAGUUCCAGCAGUUGCGCAACUAUAAAAUUCGCAGCUGCAUGAAUAAUUGCUCCUAAUCUCUAGCUUUUCCUUGUUACUGCAGCAUUCAGAGAUCACCUCCGGCGAAGGCGCGUAUGCAAAUUGCGGCCCUCGCUGUUUUUUUCCUACUGGAAGAAAAGCAAUAUUUCUCUAGUCAAUUGGUCCUGCUGAGAAACCACAUUUGCAUUGGCUGAGGUGUGUUGACGUCACAGUCAGCCAAUCAGAAGGGCCGCUUUCAAACGGUGAGGCAGGCAUAAAUAGGCCCCCGCCUUUCUCGUCAAUUAGGGGAUACUUUUGCGUUCGUGGAGAAAAAGAGCAACUCAUUUGAGGAAUGUCUGGUCGCGGCAAGCAGGGAGGCAAGGCCAGAGCCAAGGCCAAGUCUCGUUCUUCCCGAGCCGGACUCCAGUUCCCGGUCGGUCGUGUUCACCGCCUCCUGCGGACAGGUAACUACGCCGAGCGGGUGGGCGCCGGCGCUCCCGUCUACUUGGCGGCGGUGCUGGAAUAUCUCACGGCGGAAAUCCUGGAGUUGGCCGGCAACGCUGCUCGGGACAACAAGAAGACCCGUAUUAUCCCCCGCCAUCUGCAGCUGGCCAUUCGCAACGACGAAGAGCUCAACAAACUCCUGGGCAAAGUGACGAUCGCUCAAGGGGGCGUGUUGCCCAAUAUCCAGGCGGUCCUCUUGCCCAAGAAGACGGAAAGCCAUAAAGGCAAAUGACCUGCUGUUGCCCGCCGGGCAAGUGCUUCGGAACUGAACCCAAAGGCUCUUAUUAGAGCCACCUACAACCUUUAAGAAAGUGCUGAUCGUCUCUUCCUCUCUUCGAAAUAACAUUUUGUUUGCUCUACCAUUCCGAAUAAUCGUCAAGUCGUCAAACAGCUUGUAAUAACGUGGUCCUGUUUUUUAAGGGUGGAGAAGGCUCUGCAUGUUUCAGUAACUGGAGGCAACAUUACCAGCCAUUAAUAUGGCUCGAAGGUCUGGAAAUUGUCCAAAAUGUGGUAGUAACAUGUAUGUGCAUUGAACAAGAUCAGGCAUACACAGCCCAAACCAGAAGACAUAAAAUUAUCUUUCAGUUCUACCUGGUAUUGGUCUGUUUCCAUGGAAAUGGUACAGUUCAACACCCCAGCAGGUUUGGAGAUUUGGAUAUUACUGGAGUGGAAAAGAAAAAGUUCCAAAACCAAUGAAAGGUUGUUCUCUUCCACCUUCCUCCCCUCCCUCCACAUUUAAUUGGUCUUCAGAGGGAGGCAAACUGGGUUGGAAAGCACCAUAACAACACUCCUGGGAAUAUACAAGUUACAUUGUCCCCAGCUUAAACCUAUCUUUGGAGCUGUCUAGUAAAUAAAAAGGGGUAUUAUUGAAGAGGGUUGUGCUGAGGUGGCCUAAUGGGAUUAAGUCAAAUAAACACUAUCUUUCACUAGAAAAGGUUUGCCUUCCAUCAGGCAAUGUGUUUUUCAGAAUGAAUAAGAAGUAGGUAUCACCAUACCCAGCCAUGGAAAGUUAGAGGGUAACCUGACCUAAAGCCAGUUAGCCCCCCCCUUUUUUAAGGGGAAUAUUUGUGUGUGGGGGGAAAUCAGAGGAUGGAGGGGUAUGUGCAAUAUAUCUCCCAGUGCCCUGCCCUCUUGGAAUUCAGGUCAUUGUGACUGUCUCAGUCAGUUCUUGAGGAUAGUGAGUUUACAUUAGCACAUUAUACUUUUGUGCACUCUCUUAGAUAAGCUUUUAAGUGAUGAAAAGUACUUUAGAAAAUGGAUAUGGAAAAAAAAUAAGGAAAACAAACUUGCAAAAACCAUCUAAGGAGGAUCAUGUUUGCUUUCAAGGCCAUCUAUGGUAAAUAAAAUGCCUUGGUAGGCAACGUAAGUCCAAUCAAAUUUGGUCUUAAUUACUGAGCACCCUCCUGCCCUCCCAAAUUUAUCAGAUGAAAACGCAAGUACUCUUUGUUUAGUGAUCACAGUUGGGACCAGCCACUUGGUUGUUAAGAGAAGCAAUCUCUAAGUGAACCUACAUCUGUUUUGAGGAGUUUCAGCUUUACAGCCCUCGGAAAGUUGCAAAUGUGAGGACAGGUCAUAGAGUUAAUUACUCUCUUGUGAGUUAUGAUUUUAGGAUUAAAGAAUUAUAGCCAAGAAAUGCUAUUAAAAACCGAAUGAAGGUCUUGCGCUCUCAGAUUUGCUCCUUUGUACGCCAAGUUUCUUUCCACUUUUGUGAAAUGAAUUAGGAGUAAUGGAUGGUAAGUCAGUUCACUGUGGGUAUUACCGGUACUACGAUGCAAUAGGACAAGACUGAACAAAACAAGGUUGAUCCUUCCCAUCCCAGAACAGCUUCUGAUUAAACUUUGGGAAACUGCAAGCUUGUGAAGUAAAAGGAAGCAAAUCAUUUCUGACAUCAGGAAAAUGAUAUAUCAAUAGGCUUGAAACAUUCCCAUUUGCAAAUUAAUGUUUAGAGUCUGGAUUGUAGAAAAUUGUGGUAGAGAAUAUAACCAUGAAUUUGAGAUGGUUGGUGAUAUAAAUAGAUCUAACAAACAAAAUGGAGACUGCACUCUUUUUCUGUCUGUCUUUUGGUCAUGACCAGGGCAAACUAGUUUCUCUUUUUACCUAAUCUUAUCAGACCCAGAUUGACUCUUCCUGCCCCUCCAGACAAAGCUCCCUGAACCAAAGAAUAGAAGCCUCCUUAUCAACUCACAGAGCAGCCCAAGGGCAGCCCUAACCAGAGAGUUGCAACAUAGUGAGGAGACAGAUGAGAUACUCCAAUCUUCCCCUCCAUCAGCGGAUGACCUCAGGAUUCUGUUUCCUUUAAUAAUGGACUUGCUCACUUCUGUUCACCUAACAAUAGAAAUGACAACAGGUAGAUGGACAAAGAUCUCUGUGGCAUCCUUAAAACGAAUUCCUGCAUUGUAGCCUUAUUUCUUUAAAAAAAAUGCUUUGUUUGGGGUUCCUCUUUUUCUUCACUGUGCUCUGGACUUCUGAAUUUCCCACAAUUACUUGCAGUAUUGUUUUAGGGAACCCUUGGACAAGAACAGGAUGGGAAGAUCUGUCUCUGCCUUUUCUCAAAGCAAAGAUAAAUUACAAACAGUACCUCAAAGAUGUCUGCUGAAGAUACAUGAGGUAGUAAGGAACAACACGGGAGAUGCAUUCCUUUCACUUUGCAUAUGGAAAAGAGGGUUUAUACUCAGCAAGCUGGGCCAGCAGCUCUUCGUAUUUACUGUACAUUUCCUUUCAAAACAGUCAUCAUGUGCUAGCCUGUAAUUAUGGAGUCCUUUACAGAUCUGGAUUAUAUGUCUUUCAUUUUUAAUUACAGAUAGUCCACGACUUACAACAGUUCACUUAGUGACCGUUUGAAGUUACAAUGGCUCUGAAAAAAGUGGCUUAUGACCAUUUUUCACACUUAUGACUAUUCUAGCAUUCCCCCCCCCCCUCCGUAUCAUGUCUCCCUUAGCAACAGAAAUUUUGGAUUCACUUAACACAUGUGGCAAGAAAAAUCAUACAGUGGAGCAAAACUCAAGUUAACAAAUGUCACUCAGCAACAUAAAUCUGGGGCUCAGUUGCGGUUGUAAGUUGAGGGUUACCUGUAUUUGAAUGUUAUAGUUCAGAUGCAAAACACUCAAGGGAAGAUAGAAGGGAUUUAGAACCACUCCCUUUCUUCAAAGCAGACCUUCUGCACAUGCUGAAAUGCUAGUCUAGACUUCUGAAGGAUGGGGAAAAAAGCAGUUUCAAAGAUCUUAUGCUCCACGCCAAAAUCUCAUCCAAAAGAUGGUUUCAAACCUUCUAUCACUUGCAUAAUAAUCUCCUGUUAUGAGAAGCCCAAAGUCCAUUAAGGAAAAGCAAGUGCCUCUAAAAGCAAGCCACAUUUCCAAGAAAUUCAUUGAUGGCAGAUUGCCAAUUUGCCUAUAUUUUUCAAUCAUGGCUGUGAACUGCAGCCAGCAUGGAUAGAAUAGCACUAUAGAAACAAGUCUGCACAUUGUCUACAUUAGAGCUAAGCAGCAGCUUAUUGUUCACUGAUAAAGAACAAAUGCUGGAGGAGAUGGAUAUUUGAUGUGAUAAAGCUUCUGAAUGAGGUCUGUGGAUAUAAAUCACUUACAUAAUGCUCCAGAAUCAGAGUCACCCUGAUUUUUUUCUUUUAAAAUUAUCAUUUUAAUAUUUUUUUUUUUAAAAAAAACACUCUGCAAGGAAAAGUAUAAUCAUACAGCCCCAAAGCUCCUACUGAUAUAGUAGAGAUUAUCCUGGAAAAGUAAUUCCUAUGAAUUUUAUUUUAUUUAAUGUACAGCAUCUACAGAGGCCAUGCAAUCACUGGUAUACAAAUAUAAGUUUAAUUCAUAUAAAUAUAUGUAUGCAUUUAACUAGCUUUGCCCAUCAAGUUAAGUUAUUUGGAGAAGAUGCAAAUCUCCCACAGUAGCUAUCCUGGGCAGAGUAUAUGUUGUCAAAAUUCAAAAAAAUAUCUCCUCUCAAAUAGGCUGCGCAACACUAGCACACAAGCCAGUUAUUUAAAACCUGCUCCUUACAAACUAACUGCAACUGGUUUAUACAAGAAUGUUAUUGAAAAAUGGGACUCAAAUUAAAAUCUUUACAAAGCUGACCUAAGAGAAGCAAAACUACAAUCAUAUACAUGCUUAUCAAGAUGCAUGUCUUUCAUCUGAAAAGCUUUUCUCCCUUCUAACUUCUACAAAAUAAUAUGCAGCCCACUCAUCCUACAAUGAAAUCUCUGGGUAUUCUUUUCUUAGAGGAAGAAUUGGCUAUCAUUGUGACUGAUCCACCUGAAUUCCCAUUUUAUUUUUACAGCCAAGCUAAUGCCCCAGGACAGGUAUUGGAUAGAAUGCAGACAUUUCACUGCCAG